UUCUCGAAGCGGCACCACGACGUCGUCGACAUACUCGGCGCGUUGGGGAUGGAUAUCCAUGGGUCUAGAGGUGCCAGCACGCUGAAGCGCGCCAGCAGCCGUGCACGAGACAGCACGCUGCUUUCAUCGCAGGCAUUCAGCGGAUCCCCAGGUGGAUCCGACAUCCUUGGCAAGCUCACGUCGAUGCUUCGUGGCCACAACUCGUACUCUGAACUGGUCGAUGAUUGUUGUUUCGACGAUCCGCGGUACAGCAACUCUGGUGCGCCGACGCGUCCGUUGACACCUGCGUCGCCGCUUUUGACGUGGGAUUUGGAUUCUCCGCACACGAUCGGACGCGUUCGAUCCAACACGACGUCGACAGUCGCCCGGCAUUCAUCGGCUUCGUCGACCAUCCGUCGACAGAGCUUGAGUCCACGACGACGUCACCACGACACGAUUCUCGUCACGGAAUUCAAGUUUCUCCAUAAAUCAUUUGCCCCGCCGUUCCCUUUGGCUGCGUCGCAAGCGGAGGACGGUCCACCUGCGCCACUGUCUCCGUUUCGAGCAUCCGUGGACGACGUCUUGUUCGACAACAACGACGACGACGACGCUGAGAGCGACAACAACAUUUCGAUUGACCCCGGCAACCUUCGAGACAGCGUCCGCCAUCUCGUGCGGCAUAUUCAGCGCCACGAUUCCGGCGAAUGCACAGCCAUGCUGGAGUGUUCGGACGUGACGCCGCCAGAUUUGGACCUUGACGACGAUCAGAUCUGCUUGCUAGGAUCGUCUUCCGCCGACCGCAUGUCGAGCGAAGCCUUUCCUGGGCUCGACGACGAUACGUUUGAGGACUUGUCGACUCCAGAGCGAUCUUCUGACAAGGACGAGUCGGACUCGCUCCCUAUGGACAGCAGAAGGCCAUCCAUCGCCGCGCACAGCAACCAAGACGCCGAUGACGAUGACGACGAGCAGACAUUUGACGACGAUGACAUCCCAGUGCUGACCACGUCUGUGCGAAACCUCGUGCUGAAUCUCCGACGAGACUGCGCACGACAGUCGCUGCACCCUGUAGACUUGAUCGGAGUCCCGACCACGCAUCAUCACCACCACCAUCACCAUCUCCACCACCACCCGCAUGCACAAAACCAACCGAGAGCUUCCCAACCAUCCAUUCGCCGCCGUCGCAACCACUCCCAUCCACUCGAUUCGCCAUCGAGAGGGAUGGUGCCCCCGCCUCCUCCAUUUGCAGCUGUCGCUCCACGAGACACCAAGCCUCUGCACUUUUCGCGACUUAUGUCGUCUGUGGCCGGUGGACUCCGGCGCCUCAGCAUUCACAAAUCGAGGGCCCCCGCAGGCCCUGCAGCCACCCGUUUCUCGACGUUCUCUGGCCAUCCAUCCCACAAUUCGUCUCCUGGAGCGCCGCCCCACGUCGCGGCGUCCCCCGACAUUGACGGCGCUCGAUGGAAAAUCAUCGAGCUCGCGUUUCGUUUUGGCGGGCCGCACCGGUACUACCUCGUCCAAGCCGUGAACAUGUUUUACCCUUUGACCAAAUACGGCCGACGCGGCGGUCCCCACUCGACGCGGCUCGUGUGCCACCCGUACGGCACCCUUCAGUGGGAGCAUAAACGAGGAGGGUUUAGUGCCCCCAUGGACCUUGCGCUCGCGUCGCAUGUCGUGGAUGGCCGGGAGACGCCGGUCUUUCACAAGUGCGAUGGCCAUGGCGGCGGGUAUGGCACUAGUUACAACGCGCGGUCGUGUUCGCUGAGCGUCGUCUUCGGGCAUCGCACGCUCGACUUGGAAACGCAGAGUGCCGACCACCGCGACUGGCUCGGGUCGGCGCUGCGUACGCUUAUGCAAUACGCCAAGAAGCAGCGACAGGCCGAAGCGAUGGUUUUGAGCGAAGAGGCCGCUGCCAACGCACGCACCAAGUCCGACGACGCGGCAUCCCCGCCAGUGAUGGCCCCUAUUAUUGCUUGAACGCGACAACGCGACCGCCGAUCAUUCCGUGCUUCUUGGUGUGCUGCCUUCGAACAUGCGCAUGUUUGGAAUGGCCACGGCACUCGGAUGGAUGUCCCCAACGACGUUUGAAUGGGAUGUGUGCCGCGCCAUGGGGGCACACCGUGCAUGACGCACUAGACUCUUUUUGUACACACGUUUGACGGAGCCUGCCCUAGCCAGCUACCAAGCGAGCACGAGAGAGGAAGAGGAGUCGCGUUCGUGGCUAGGCAUGAUGGAGAUGAUGUUGGAACGAUGUGUUGGAGGUCGAUGUGGCGUUGUUGGCAGUGGGUGUUUUCAGAGCAUUCAGCGCGACGACGGCGUCGACGCCGUGCAAGUCGAGUCCUGGAGUCACGCGCACGUGGCGUUUGAGUAAAUCGAUGGCGUGCCACACUUGUUCUUUCGUUGGCGAGACUUCGACGGGCAAGAGCCCGCCGUUGACACUGCCAUGACCCGGUCCAUUCCCACUCGAUGUGCCAUGGUUGGUCGCUGCCGACGUCAACGAGCUGCUGCUACUCGCGCCGCCUUCGACCGCUUCGUCGAGAUUGCCCGGUCGAAGCUGCCAUCGUGAGGCCCGUCAGAUUCAUUCUUCACGCAUCCACGUACCUCGAGGUAGCCGUGUUUGAGCAAAACACUACGCACGAUCUGGGC